AUGCAGCCCCCAGGUCUUCGUGCGGAAAACAUGGAGAGAAAACAGCUCAAGGAGGCAAAUCAUCUCAUCGAAUUUUCCACACACGUGACGAGAGAAGUGAGGCGCGUCAGAGCGGCCUACUGGAUAGAAAAUCCAGACCACAAGGAGAAACUCGACAUGUGGAAAACGAGCUGGUUCAAAGAGAUGACUGGUCACGCGCUGGUGGAAAAGGCGUUGUUCGACCAAUGCCAAUUUGGAGCAGAAACAACGAAGCCCACAAGGAUUCAGACGGACUCCCUUCCCCUUGGACAAAUCAAGGGGAGGAGGUGCAACCAUCCUCCGAAGGAAUGGACCAGACCAAACGGAGAGACCUACGUUUCACCACAUGAGUCCUUGGUCCAGAGGUGGAGGACAGUCAGAGGAGAAAAGGAGCGAGCAUCCAAAGCUUUGAGUGAGUACCCGCCAGCCUUGAACAAGGCCUUGGCAGAGGCGAUGGAGAAGGCGGACCUUCCCCGAGUGAUGAAGCAUCGCGAGGGGUCGGGCGCUCCCCUAGGCUUCACCGAACCCAUUCCUUGUACGGGCAUAUUCCCCGUGGUUAAGGAGGUUGAAUGGGAAGCUGAGGCAGCAGAACAAUUACAAAGGAACAGAGGUGAAGUGGAUAGGAGGCCGGUCAUUGGACGAAGACAGCUACAAAGUCUAGCAGGCGCGUUGUCCUUCGUGGCGGGAUUGGUCCCUCUCAUGAGACCUUUCUUGAAUUCCCUGUGGGCUGCACUGGCAACGAAUGACGGUCCGAAGCAGACCAGAAAUGUUGUCCAUGUGCGCCGCAUUGGGAUAGCCUUACAGUGGAUAGACGCCUUGCUGGGAGAAAAGGAGGGGCCCGUCUAUGGGGCCGUCGACCCCGGGCAUCCCGAAGCAGCCGCACCAUUGGCACAGCCAGGUGUCAAGGCUUACGCUAGGGGCUCGCUAAACGACGCCAUAAGGCACGCAUCCACAGGUCCGGAAAAGUGUGCAGAACACAUCACAAAGAGAGCAAAGGCAGAUACAUCCAGAGGCCCCUACGAGUCAAGGAAAUCAACGUGGUCUGCCUUGGCCAGGGCGGCGGGUUUCUCAGACCCGUUCCGUCUGUCCCCGGACCUCAUCAACACGGUGAUGGGAGCGAUGGACAUGGCCGGCUAUAGAUCAGCAGAGCUGUACAUGGAUACAGCCAAGCAGAUACACAUUGAGAGAGGACUUGAUUGGACAGCACAGCUUGCCCAGGCCUCUAGGCAAGCCAGAAGGGCGUGCCAAAGGGGCCGAGGGCCAGCCAAACAGGCGCAACCUUUGCCGAUGAUCGAGCUAGCGAAGCUGAAAGUUCACAAGGACCCAGCAGCUCCUGGAGGACCAAUUUUCCCGAUGAGGUCGGUCAUGUUGGCAUCAUGGUGGCUCCUUCGUGAAAUCGAGGCAAGCUCGGCAGAGAGGUCGCACAUCGAAAUCGACAAGGUCCAAAGACUUAUCCACUGGAAGCUUCCAUCCAGUAAGGCGGAUUGGCAAGCCCUGGGCGCAACUCGAACGCAUUCUUGUAAUUGCGAACAGAAUGCCCGGCAGCCAGAGUGUCCAUACCAUGCCAUGGUGGAGCACCUAGAGGCAGUGGGAGCUAUCAGCGAUCGCUGGGUUUUCCCAUCAGCCACAGGUGAGCAGUCAUCCAAAUGCGGAUGGGCCGACACCAUGCAAUGCAUGGCACAGCAGCUGAAUCUUCCUACUCACACAGACACUGGGGCAAGGAGAUUCACCGGACACAGCGCCCGGGCAACUGGCGCAGUGUACCUGGCACAGACCCAGAUCGAACUCUGGAGGAUCCAGCUAUUUGGGCGCUGGGGUUCGGAGUGCUUCAGGAUAUAUAUCCGCGACGCUCCACUUCAGCAGCUACAUUCCUUGGCAAAAGAAGCUUCUCUCACAACUUCUUUAGCAGCAGCCCGGGCGGAACUUUCUGCGAUCCUCAGCCAGGCGCAAAAUUGUUCCCCGCCAGCCGCAGCAGUUUCCUUACGGAACCAGUCCGUGGGCUGCCUUGCGGACUGCGAGGCUGCAGUGGAUAUUGCUCCGCCAUCGGAGCAGCCAGCUUCAGUGGAGUUUGUGAUUAACAGAUCUGCCUACGGCAAGAUCCACAAGGCGAUUGAACAGGACAUCUACUUCUCACGGGAAAGUCUGCAUCCCAACCUGCAGACCUCCGAUUUGGCUGGGGAGCAGAUCCAGUUCGAGAUUCAUCGGUUCCACGAUGGCAAGCUGCAGGCGCGGAACCUUCGUGCCUUGGGCGACGUGAGCGACUUCAAAGGAAGCAGCUACGGUGCUAACAGGGAAUACGGUGCCGGGGUUCGUGCACAGUUCUUCAAUUCUCACCGCUCGGCGGGUCUGCAGGACGAAGAUCGAAGCCGAGAUUGGUACUGCAAGAGUUGUGGUGAGCGAAACUUCAUGAAGCGCUUCGAGUGCUUCAAGUGCAAAACACCUAAACCUCCAGAGAUUGGGGAAGUACAGGUCCCACAAGUAGUCAUCCCAGCGCCCAAGCGCAACCUCUCACCGCAUGCUGGCUCUCGGGCUAUGCGGGAGAUGUACAAACAAGGCCUGCUGGGCCCAGCUCCUACCGCCCCGCCACCCCCAGCGGAGCCUUCGCGAAGUCGUAGUCGCAGGAGUGCAUCCAGUAGCUCCUCCAGUAGCAGCGCCAAGCAGCGCAAGAAAAAACACAAGCACAAGAAACACAAGAAGGGCAAGAGUUCCUCUUCUUCAAGCUCAUCAAGAUCAAAGAGUAGCGUUAGGUCGGCUGAAGGGCCAAAGGAUGACGAGGAUCCUGAUAAGCCAAAGGAAACAAAUCCGGAAAUUGAAAAAGCCAAAGCGGAGGCCUUGGAAAAGCUGAUGAAGCUCAAAGAGAUUGAGUCGAAGGAAAAUCGCUCCAAGGAGUUUAGGGCUUUGCUUCGGAAGUGGCAUCCAGACAAGAACCCAGAUCAGCAGGAGGUUGCGACGGCAGUCUUCCAAUUCUUGCAAAAAGGCAAGCGUCUGAUCGAGUCGUAGUCGUGGAGUGUCUCACCUUUGGCAAUUGCCUCGCCCCACUUUGGAGGUUACGGCCCAACGGCUUCCAAGAGGAAGACACCAAAGUGGGUAGUUGGCCUUGAAACUUCAUGACUUCAUGACUAUUUGGUUCCAUCUCCAUUGGCGGUUUGACAUUUUCAUGGUUCCAGAGGGGCAAAGUUUAUUGGGUCCUGACCUGGCACCUGGGAUGGGUUGAAUCCUUCGACCCUGAAGCGUUGCUCCUAUUGCAGAAAAA